CUGCACUACGGGAGCCUCGUGGGCAGCAGAGCUUGUGCCCAGAUGGCAGCAGCUGCCUGGGGCAGUGGCUUUCUGUACAGUGUCCUGCACACGGCCAAUACAUUUUCCCUGCCCCUCUGCCGAGGCAAUGUUUUGGACCAGUUCUUCUGUGAAAUCCCCCACAUCCUCAAGCUCUCCUGCUCAGAUGCCUACCUCAGGGAGGCUGCGCUUCUUGUAGUUAGUUUCUGUUUAGCAUUUGCGUGUUUUGUUUUCAUUUCAUUUUCUUAUGUGCAGAUCUUCAGGGCUGUGCUGAGGAUGCCCUCUGAGCAGGGCCGGCACAAAGCCUUUUCCACGUGCCUCCCUCACCUAGCUGUGGUCUCUCUAACUCUCAGCACUGCCUUGGUUGCCUACCUGAAGCCCCCCUCCAUCUCUUCCCCAUCCCUGGACAUGGUGGUGUCAUUUCUGUACUCGGUGGUGCCUCCACAAAGGGCUGUCACCAAGCCCCAGGUCCGUGGUUGCUCCUGCAGCUCUGAGGACCUCUCCAAGGGCAUCAAAGUAUCAAUGGUCAGGACCUGGGAGGGUCAGCUCGCCCAUGGAUCACAGCAGUAUAUUGUCUUCACUGCUAAGAGCAGCCCUCUGGAAUCUCUGGCAUUAGGAACAAGGGAGGAAAUCUGGAGAAACGAGGACUCUCCAUUGGUUGAAGAGGAACAGGUCAGAGAUCUCUUAGGCAAACUUGACAGCCACAAAUCCAUGAGUCCUAAAGGAUACAUCCAUGAGUUCUGA